GCAGCACAGAAACGAGUACAGCUCCGAAUACACGUCGUUUUGCCAAAAGCGUAGCAGGCAGCAAAUGAAAAAUAUAUAAAUGAGGAAAAAAUUUCGUGAAACAAGAACGACAAAUAUACCAAACGCGAGCCACGCCGCUGUAGUAAAAAUCGACAGAUUUAAUAAUUGCGUGCGUUGUGCAAGCGUCUGAAAUUCGACCAACAGCAGACCCUCCUCCCCCCCAGAGCAACAAAGUGCAUACAGAAAUCAAGCGGUAGCGUUUCCGUAGUUUACCGUGGCCAAGUUUUGUAUAGCUCGAGCCUGUAAUGCAGCUGACCUGGCAAUAGCGCCGCAGAAGUAUGGCACCAGCGCUGACAGCCGAGCCACUGAGCCCCAAGGAGAAGCUAACCAGCAACGCCGCGCCCGCCACCGGUACGCGACAGUCUGUGCGAAAACUGGACUCGCCCAACGGUGGUGUCGGCGGCGAUACGGCUAAGAAGCCAUUAACUCUAACAGCCACAACGCGCGUGACACGCUCCAAGGACGCGGCACAGCGAACUGGCUCGCCUAUUGUGCAGAUCGUCAACAACAACAACAACAAUAACAAUAACAAACGUAAAUCCAACAACCAUAGCAACAUUAGCUGCAGCAGCACCAACAACAGCGAAGUCAAAUCCGUUGAUAAUCAAAUGGGCAUCAGCGCUGCAGCCACACACACGAGCAGCGACGGCAGUGCAGCCUCCUCCAGCAGCAGCAGCAGCGGCAGCGGCAGCAGCAUUAGCAACGCGUCAGCUGCAGCAGCAACGUCGCCAGCUGCCAGCGCCACCGCGGAGCACAACAACAACUGCAAGGACAACUCAACGGCCGAGCUGCUGGCUAAUCUGACAAGUGACUUCGAGGAGGCCAUCACAGCUGAGAUUUGUCUGCGCAAAACCCUGCCUGAGGUAAGCCACAGCAAGGAGCAGCCAGCCGAAGCCGAGGCCGAGGCAGCAGCCGCAGCUAUAGCACAUACCGUGCAAUUGCUAGAGCCCGCGUUUAUGCCAGAAGCCGAAGCUCAGUCCCAGUCAACAAGUUCAGCAGCAGCAGCGGCAGCAGCAGCAGCAGCAGCAGCAACAACACCAACGCCGGCAGCAGCAGCAACAACACUUACAGACUCCUCCCUACAGAGGUUGGCGGGGCAGGAACUACUUCCGCCCAGGGCGGACGGCGCAGUACAGGUGGCUGCUACUAACGAAAUGCCAGAUAAUAUUGAAGAACGCCUUAGUCAACUGGAUGGCAACCCGAGCGUUGUGUUGCCGCCCAUUGUGGAUAUAAGCGCGGCGACGCUGGAAUCAAGCGUUGCGCUGCCGACGACGCCCACCCGGCAACAACAGCAGCACCAGCAACAGUUGCUGCUCCAUCAGCAGCAGCAGCAACAACAACAACAACAACAACCGUUGCAAUUGCAGCAGCAGCUGCAACACCAGCAACAGCCGGAGAUACUCGCCUCACCACAGCAUUCAACAGUUGCGCGUCAGUCAGGCGCGUUACUCACGCCACAGAGCACGGCCAGCUCGAUAAAUUUUCUAAAGGAUGGCACUACUGGCGCCGUCCUUGAGGAUCAGGAUUUUGAGGAGGUUUUAAAAGCGCUCAAGACACUUGACGGCGGUCACGUGAAUCCGGAUACAAUCUGUGAUUUCAAUUUCUUUAACGAGGUGUGUUUUCCCUAUAAUGAGGAGGAUGCAGCCGCUGCAGCAGCAACAGUCGCAGCUGGAACAACUGCAUCAGCAGUAGCAGCCGCUGCAGCAGAUGUUGGCCACAGCGGCAGCCACGAGCAGGAGUCAAAGGCCAAUUGCAGUGCAGCAGCCGCGCCGCGUCCCUGGCAGGAGAGCCAUGCGGAGUUGGAACAGCAACAGCACGAGCUGGUGCGCAAGAUCAACGUUAUGUUGUGGCGAAUGCGUAAAUUUCAGGCCCGGCAGAUGUGCCGUCAUGCCAGUGACGAGGUUGGCGGUAUACUCGAAUGGUCGGCGCGCAGCUCACAUAAAGCGGCGCCCGCGGCGCCGGUGCGCAGCACCAAGCUUACUGAACAGGAGGACACGGUGCUCUCCAUUGUCUCCGGCCGGCCGGGAAGCAGCUUCUGGGAUGAGCAGACCAAGCAACCACUGCCUGCCAGCCAAAUGAGCAAUGUGCUGCGGCACAUAGAAACGUCGGCGCGCAAGCAACAAAUCUGUCAUACAAUUGGCGGCGGUUCCGCAUCACUGGCAUCCUCUUCCUCCUGGUAUAGCAGCACCGCACAGCCGGGCAAACGCUCGCGCAAAACACAACCCAUAGAUACCAGCAUAAACAGUACGACAGGCGUAGCUGAUGGCAUUCUGAACCCGCGAGCCGAUGAGAUUGUACCUAAUUUUGACAAUUAUGUGACCAGCGAGUUGACGCAUAUUUCGGGAAUGUUGCACACGGAAAUGCGUGAAGUACAGACUGCCAUCGACUCAGACGCCACAGAGUCUAGCUCUGGCGGCGAAUCAGCCGAUGAGAUGGUUAACUACAACAAUUCCCAGCAGUCUUCAUUGUCAAUAACACGUCGUGCCGUGUGGCGCUAUUCGCGAGAUCGUGCUGUUAUUGCACUGCGCUGGUCCUGGCUGUGCGCCCAGGUUGCCGAUCUGGACAUGAAAAUCCGGCAGCACAACGAUGUGUACAACGAUCUGUGUCGCACCAAGGGCGAUGUAAUGCUAGAACCGACGCCCGCUCCCAAGAAUGGUUACAAGGAGCAACUGCAGCCGCAGACAGCGGUACAGCUGGAUCCCGAACAGGCGUCCGCCGAUUGGCUAUGCAGUCGGGCCCGUCCCUUGGUGCUGUCCGAGUUUCGCAAACGUAAACUCUUCCAAACUACGAAUAUGCACACAAUAUCGAAAAAGGCCGCCAGGCCGAGCAACAUUAAAUGUGGCUGCCAGUGGCCCCAGGUGCCGUGUACAUUGUGCACCGGCCGGCCGGAUCCGACGGCGCCACGAGAUUUACCUGAAACGUUGAUGCCACAAAAUCGUGUAGCGCUGCUCGAUCCCGGCUAUCAUCCGGUGCUGAGCUUCUCUGACGAUGUUUGUCAGUCGGUGCAUUUGGAGGCGAUUGCCCGUCAGCCGGAUUGGCAAUAUCGCGUUAUGCGCAGCCAGGCCAAGGCAAUUGUUAAGAGCGUCUGGAAGGCUGAGCGCGAGGCAGUUGCACUAAGUGGCGGCGGCGGCGCUGCUGGUGCUGGCGGUGCCGGUCGUCGUCCCGGCGAGACAGCCAAGCGCCGAUAUGUGCGCCGCAAAGAGCGCAACAACAAUAAUCAAAACAGAAGCAGCAGCAGCAAAACCACACAAAACAAUAACAACAGCAACAGCAACAACAAUAGCAGCAGCAGCAGUGGGGUCGCCAACGUGGGAUUGGAUAGUGGAAACGGUACUGGUACUGCUACUACUUCUUCUUCUUCUACGCCUACUACAACGCCACUUGUGGCCAACAUGAGCAAAAGGCAGCGCCAGUUGGCCACGAGCACAGCCGCGGUAUUUCCGAUGCCUGAUUCACGCCAGAUGCACCAAAAAUCGCAACAACUUAAUAGCCACUCACUGAUCUCCGGCAAAGGCAACGGCACUAAAAAGCCACGCAAAUCCGCCUCCAAUACACAACAAACACAAUCAACACACAACAACAGCAGCAGAUGCAGCAACCAACACUCCAGCGCUGGGGACAACAUCAACAGUCGAUUUGCCGGAGAUACGCAAUGGGAGCAACAUCAGCAACACAGUCGCCGCAAUUCCUCCGAAACGCACGGACAGCGCAAUGAACGCACAUCAGAUCGUCGCAGUCGACUUAUUUACGACAUUGAUAACAUCGUGAUACCCUACAGCAUGGCCGCUCAGACGCGUGUCGAAAUUUUGCCCUACAAGGAGAUACCUACACCAAAGUGGCGAAUUGUGGACAGUGACAAUGAGAAGAAACAACAAUCAGCGAAUGAAUCAAAAACCCCUGUGAAGCUGAGCAAUGGCUGUGCGGAUACAAAGGCAGAGCAGGAGAUGCCAGAAGCAGCAGGAACAGCAACUAUACCCUCAACCGUAGGAGCAACUGCACCCGCAAUUGUGGCAGCAACCGCAUCUGCAACCGAAGCAGCAACUGCACCCGAAACCAUAGCAGAAACUCCUCCGCCUGCAACUGCAGCAGCAACUUCACCUGCAACUGCAGCAGCAACUCUACCUGCAACCGCAGCAGCAGCAGCACCCCCAGCUGAAGCAACAACUGCAAAAGUGCCUCAGCUAAAUAACAACACUCAAAAGAAGGCGCCGAUCAAGCACGCGCCCAAGCUGAAUGGCAUCAAGCGCUCGAGCAAGAAGAAGAAGCACCUAACAGAGUCCGCCAAGCGGCAGGCACAGCAAGCGAUUAGUAAUGGACAGAUCAAUGGCAAAGAUGAGCAGCCGCCGGCUGAGUUAAAGGAGCAGCAGCAGCAGCUGCCGGCGAAGAAGCUGCCUGUCAAUGGCAAAACCAAAAAGCACAAUAACAAAAUCCCUGUGAAUAAUGUAAAUAAAGCAAGCAAGUCAGCUGCCAAGACUGCUGCCCCGCCUGCAUCUGUUGCUGGUAAGGCCGAAGUAGCUUCAGCUACGAGUACGGAUGCAACAGUGCCAGCUGCUGGCAAGGAUGCAAGCGCUUCAGUUGAAAAAGACAAACCCAAUGUGGAAGCUGUGGAGCCGCCUGCCAAGCGCCCAAAGCUGCAGCUAGCACAAACAUCCCCCGAGAAGUCGCAGGACAAGCUAAAGCAGGCUGCAGCAGCGGCCAGCGUCGCCGACGUUGUUGAGGAGGAAGAGGUGGAGGACAUCUCUGAUGAGGCGUACAUAGCGCGGCAUCAGCGUGCGCUCAUCGAGGAGCGGCGUCGUUUCGAAACAUUCUUAAAGUUCCCUUGGAGCACACGCUCGCGCGCCAAUCGUCGUGUCGACAGUCGCGCCGAGUCAAGUGGCGCCAAUACGCCCGAUCCAACAUCGCCAGCAGCUUCACAGCUAGCAGGACCUACAGCUGAUAACGAGAGCAUACCCUCACCCUUGGCACAAACCACGCAGCAGCACCCACUGGAUGCCCUCUCAGGUGAUGGUGAGAUUACGAAACGGCGACGCACCACAUCCAGUAAGCUAAAGGAUCAUGAGCGUCGUAGCAACACGCCAGAUACCAGAGACCAAACGCAGGAUCCGCCACCUUUUGAGCCGCUUCAGUUUCCGCUCUCUGAGGAGGUCUAUCAGCGGCUGCUGGCCGAGAUGUACGCCGAGCCCAAAGAGCCGGCGAUACCAGCCGCACCGGCCAAGCGUACCAAGAGCAAAUCGGUUUCCUCGAAUGGAGAUGGCUCAACAACAACCGCUGGCCGCCGACGCAGCAGCAAGGCCAAAGCCUCAACUGGCAGCAAGUUGGCGCAGUCCGCAGCACCACUAAAUGGUGGCAAGAAUGCCAAGAAAUCUGUGGCACCUCACAUUAAUGGCGCCCAGGAUGAUGGCUAUGACGAUGGUAUUGACUAUGAGCCCGACGAGGAUGAGAACGAACUACUGCUGGAGGAAGACGAUGAUUAUCAUUACCUGGCGGCACCAGAUGAUCAGUUGCCAUCGGGCACGAAUAAUGCUAAUGCGUACAAUGCGAGCAUCGAUGCCUAUCUGGGCGAGCAUGAGGCACUCGACGAUGAGGAGCUGGCCGACGAUCCAUUUAUGGACGACGAUCCCAAUGAUCCCGAAUGGAAGCGCAGCAUUGGCGUACGCCACGAGCGCAUGCGCAAGCGUGUGUAAACAGCAACUGGCGAGAAAUCAGAAGCCAGAAGCGAGAGCCACAGCGUAACGAGCGAAGCGAAUAGCUAGCAACUAAUGACGACAGGGCAGUCAGGAGCAGCAAGUAGCCCGCAGCGAAAUACGAGUAGCUAGCAACGAGUUAGCAGAAUGUGGCAACCAGCAAGUAGCGAGUAUGAACCAGAAAACUAAUCCAAAGCUAUUAAGACCAUGUGAAGUGAAUUUCAAUUUUAAAUAAUUCGUCAAAUUUUAAAGCUAUCAGCGAGACGCCUUUUAACUUGUUUUCAAGCAUAUUGUUUUCUUUUGUUGUUGUUUUUGUACUAAAGCAACAUUUUCACCUUCAAAAGGAAAAUCAAAAACUCAAAUCGGAGCAUAACAUUUUCAUUGCAGCCUAAUUCUAAGCAAUUUCUUAGUUAUUUAGUUCUAAAAGAAAAUAGUAAUACAAAUACAAAACACACGCCGCACACCCACACACAAGAACUCGUGAAAUAUUCAAUGUAAAUAGAAAGAAAACGAGCUAAUCAUUAAGAGAAUAGUAAGAGAUAUAUGUAGGAAACUAAUGGAUAAACCUAAUGAUAAAAAUAAUUAUACUAAACUAGUUUAACAGAAAAACGCGAUCGUUUAAAGCUUAAAUUAAGGCAACAAAAUAAAUCACUUGCGGCUUCAAGUCAAAGGUGCGCUACCUUUAAAUUAAAUACAUAUAUAAAUCUAGUUAUAUAGAUCGUCUGAUCGCAAAAAAAGAAAAAAACGAAAAAAAUAAUAAACACGUUAAUGUUAAUGUAAAAAAUGUAUUCGCGCACCACAAACAUAACAAAAAAAAA